UAGCUCCAAUUACUUGUUUAGAGACUUCCUCGAGGCAUAUUGGUAUGCCAUUUCGUCGGGAGUGCGUGUGAAGCGUGUUAAGGAUGGUAGCAGCCGUGAGUCAAGGCUGAGCUCGGAGAGCUAUCAAGUUCCACCUUUACUAUGUUGUGUUGGGGUUUACUUUUCCUAUGCCACGUUUCUUCCAAGAAGUGCUCUGCUCUAUGAGAUGUGCCCCUGCCCAAUGUUCUCCGAACGCGAUCCAUAUGAUGGUGGGAUUCCACAAUCUAAGCCAAUUCUUUGACUUAGAUUUAACCGUCAAUGAAUUUUGGUACUUCUUUGGAAUAGGUCACAUUGAUGGAGUUGGGCAGCUGUGAUCUCGCCAUAGGCUUUUUGAUAACUCAAGUAAGGGAGAUCAUGACUGAGCCAAUGAGACAUUGAAGAUAAGUGGAGAAUGGGAAUCUAAUUCUUCCCCCGAGCUACGUGUACCAUUGGUCUUCAUAUCCGAUUCGAAAUUUAGCUCCACUCUUAAGACUUUUCUAGACAUAAAGAAAGUUCAUGUUGCUCUGGGUAUCCCCUCCAAGUACCGUGAAAGAUGUUGGCUGCUUAAUCAUCUUCGUAGGGAAAAAUGUGGGUUGCCUUUGAGAGAGGAGAUAAAACGAAUCAAGUCUGAGGCUUUGGCUCAUCCUAUCAUUGUGGUAGAGCCUCCUACAAAUGAAGGUGGGAAAAAGAGCCUUCCCCACCUGCCCAAGAGAUGCCUGCUGAGAAGAAACCGAAGAUUCCUUCCGUUGCUCGUGAGGGUUCACCGACUACUCCCAAACUUGUGAUUAACUUGACCUCCUCUAAGGGCAAUAAAGAGGAGGUUGCUAGAUCUAUGCCCGUGGCACUUGCCAUUCUGAAGGCUGCUAGCUCGAUUGCGGAAAUGAUUGCCCAACGUAGAAGUUCCUCUGUGUUUUCGGUGCCGAAGUUUGUGCUAAAGCCUCUGUCUGGGGCUAAGUCUGGUUCACCUUUAGAGAAGCUUGCUACCAUGAAGAGUGACAAGGUGCCCUUGCCUACUAAAGUAGCGCCAAAAUCUUUUCCCUCUACUGCUGAGAUUGACUCGUCUGUUGAGAAGAAUGAGACUGUUCGCGUAGGCAAUCGUGAGAAAUUCACCAAGUCUGUUUAUAGGAAAGCUUAUGAGAUUUGUGUGCUCUUGGAGCCAAACCUGCUUGAAGAUAUGGAUGUAUGUGCCAAGUUUGUUGAUGGCGUCAAAUGAGUUGUUGGCCUAAGUUCCUUGCGAAGCAUACGACCGAGUAUAGAAAGACUGCUCUGCUGGCCAUGAUGCAGAAAAUGGAGAUUCUGUUAGCUGAGUCUAUGCUUCUUGAUCAAGAGGAUACCAAGGCUGCUAAGGAAGUGGCAAGAACUGUGGCAGUCGAAGCUUACUCCUCGACCGAGAAAGUCAAGAGAUUGGAAUCUGAACUUGCUGCUUUGAAGGGGAGGGGUCUAAUAUCUCUGCCUCCACUUCUCUGUAGCUUGAGAUCACUCACUAAGAGAUCGUGGAUUUGAAGACUAGGCUUGACGCAAUCCAAGUAAAGUACGAAAGUGCAGAGAAGGAGAUCGAGUGUUACAUACCUUAAAUUCAAGAUCUUGAACUUCAAGUGUUUGAACUCCAAGGUGCUUUGAAGAUUAACGAAAAUUUAAAGAAAGAAGUGGAGGAGCUGCAUCGGGUUCGUGCUUGACUACUCGAGGAGAAUGAGCAGUUGAAGGGUUCGGGGCUUCAUUUACUCAGAGUCAAGCCGAUUUCUACAACCUAGGUUAUGUAGAUCAUCUCUUUGGAAGACAGUCUGACUUUGAGUUUUCUAGUAAAGACUUCGAGACAUUCUCUAGUUCUCCAGAAGACUUGCUCGCCUUUACUUUUGAGUCCUGUAUUACUGAAGUAGUCGGAAAGGUUGGUGCUCAGGUUGUUGAGGGCGAAGCACCGGAUGGUGCCGCUGCUGAAGGCAUCACGACUACUGAAGGUAUGGCAACCGAGUAGUUGUGGGAUGUCCAAGCUACUGAAGAGUAGUCUUUUAGGUAGCCUUUAGGAUUUUUUGUUCUUCCU